AUGGCGGUAACACACCGGGGAGACGGGGCCGUUCUCCUCAUUUUUCCGGAGAUCAUGAGAACGGAAAAGAUCCCUUCGAUCGUCGACUUCCUCCUCGACAAGGACUUCGACAUCAUCCGGGAAAAGGAAUUCUGCUUCACGCACACUGAAGCGGCGCGGUUCUUCGAGGAGACUCCGGCGUCGACGGAGAGGUCGGUUUUUAUUUCUCAAGUUUGCUCCGGCCUGGUCCGCCUCCAAGUUCUUCAGCACCCCGAGGGUCUGACCGUCUCGCGUCUCCUCGACGUAGUCGGCCCAGAAGAUGUUCAAGAGGCGAAGAAGGCGCAAGAAUCGGGUCAUCCAAAAGCUCAUGUGUUCGAGCCGGCAUUACCUAACCCGUUCAUUCUCGUUAGGUUUGUUGACAGGUGUCCAGUCGAGAGGACGUUCGCGAUGAUCAAACCGGACGCCGUGGCUGCCGGGGCGUUUGAGCAGAUCAGAGACGAAAUCCUGGAUUCGGGACUCGACAUCAUUUGCCAGAGGCACCUGCGCUUAACUGAAACAGCAGUCGAUGCUGUGUACGAAGAGCACAAAGAUAAGCCUUUCUUCGACGAUCUUCGCCUGUUUCUCACAGGCUCGGAUGGAGUAGCGGUCUUGAUUCUCGAGGGCCAGGCAGCGAUCAGAAGAUGGACGCUGCUUUGCGGCCCAGCCGACAGCGCCCGAGCGCGCCGAAUCGCGAAGGGAACACUCCGCGCCCGCUUUGGCUCAGAUGCCACGCAAAACGCCGUUCACGGAUCGGGCAGCGCGGCGGAGGUGGAGAGAGCGAUGAGGCUCUUCUUCACGGAACCAGACUUUGCUCUUGAGAGGACGUUUGCGCUGAUCAAGCCCGAUGGAAUGGCAGCGGCAAUCCGACACUCCAUCUUGGAGGAAAUUCAAAAGAAAAGAAUGCAAAUCAUCUGUCGAAAAGAAUUCCAAUUGGACAAACAAGGCAUUCUUCAACUCUACGCUGCGCACCACAGAGAGCCGUACUUUGCGGAGUUGAGCGAGUUCCUCGCGAGCGGGCCUGUGACGGCUCUCAUCCUCAUGCGUGUCGGCGCAGUGGCGGUUUGGAGGGACACCGUGGGCGUGAGAAAAGACUUGACGGCGCCGCCAAGAGGCAAAAGUUUGCGCGGCUUGUAUUCGAAGAAUCGCCUACGCAACGUCGUCCACGCCUCCGAGACGCGAAACCAAGCAGAACAGUCGAUCGCGUUCUUCUUCCCCGAACUGCCGCUCUACCCCAUCCCGCAGGCGGAGUACAUCAACGACUACGUCUUUCUCAAACGGGCUGCGCCUGGAAAGACGAUUGAGCGCGAACCGGUGUCGCGCGGCACGGUCCCCCCGACGCUGCAAAUCCUCAUCUCCAAGGGGCUUGAGGCGCUGUGUGCGGUGAAGCCUCAAGGCCUCGCAGCCGUUUCGUACCUGGCCGACUGGCUUGAAAAAAACGCCCGGCAGCAGGACGUGGGAAGGCAGCUCACCGUUGACCCGACAGAGCCGCCCAAGAGAACCAUCAUCACGGUCGAAGAAGGGAAGGAAAUGCCCCACGUUUUGCGGGAUUCGUUGCCGAGGCCGCCGUUCUUUGUGAGAAUCGUCGGCGGGCCGCUCUCAGGGAAACAGACUCUGAGCAAGCGAAUCGCUGACGAAACCGGAUUCGUCGCUCUCAGUUUCAAGGACGUGGCGGCGAAGGAGAUUGCCUCGAAGUCAGCUCUUGGGCAGUUGCUGGAGCCGAUAGUUCGUGUCGGGGAAAUGCCGCCGGCGAGUGUCGAAGCCCGACUGUGGAAGUCGGCGUUCCUGGAGCACAGCGGCAACAACAGGGUUGUUAUCACCAGCAGCCGUCUCUCACUGGAACGGGCCAAGAGUCUCGACAGGGAACUGGGCGGCGUUCCGGCCCUCGUCGUCUUCAUCGGUUGCCCCCGCGAACUUCUCGUCUCCCGCGCAGCCAAGGCAGGUGCUCUGGCCCACGUGGAACAGAUCGACGAGAGUCUCCAACAUCUUGCAGACGUCAAAGAGUACUACCAACGACUUGGAAAGGUCUUUGUCGUUGACGGGGCGUUGUCGGCGGCGGAAAUGUUUCAGCAAGUUCGGCAUCUGUUUCUGCCUGUGGUAACCUACCUGCUGGCGCCUCCGGGGCUUCCCUCGAACGAAAUCGCAAAGGAGCUGGAAGGCGAAGAUGCGAAGCACGUCGACGUGCUGAGUCUGCUGCAAGACCGCGCGAGGCCUGUCGCUGUCGCGCACACUCUCACGUCGGCGUCGGCUGUUUGUCCGCUCCUUGUCGACAACCUCAGAGAACUGCAAAACCAGGGCAACGACCAGUUCGUUAUCACCGAUUUCCCGCUAACUGUCAAGCAGAUGAGAUUCGUCGAAGAACAAGUGCCAUGUACAGUCCGAGCAGUUCGCAUCCGUGCGUCGCCGACCACUCUGAAAGCCUUGGAAAAUGCUGGAAACUCCUCGCUGAAGGCUCUCGAGACAAGGCGAAAAGCGUUUCGAUCCCAAGACAUGAAUGCUGUUUUUGCUGACCUCGAGGCUCGGAGAGUCUUACAAACGGUCGAUUGCGAUGUUCUGCGAGAGUGUCCCUUAGCAGCGACGAGCCGCUCUGUGGGGCGGAGACUCCUCGAUCUGCUGUCUCCCCUCGGCCCUCGCGCGACGAUCGUCGUGGGACCUCCCGGCUACGACGCAGCUCCUCUCGCUCUCGCACUCUCCAAAUACAAGAAAAAAGCGCUCUUCCUCGACUGCGACGCUUUACAAACUCAUGCACUGGAGACGGGGAGCUGCCAGACGCUGCCAGCGAUGGCCGACCCGCGCACUUGUGCGCGGACGGUUCGAGCGGCGCUUCACCGCAUGCGAAGCGAAUCUGCCGUUUUAAUCAAUUUGCCUCGCACUUGGGGAGAUGCGGAGUUGAGUAGCUUCGACGAGAGCGUCCACGUCGAACAGGUUGUCCGUGUCCGAGGCGCCUCGCAGCUGGAUCCUGCGUCUCGGCCCGAGGACACGGAAGCCCAACGUCGCUUUCUGCAAAUCGUGACACAAUAUUUCAACAAAAAGCUGAAAGUGAUCGAAGUUCGAAACGAGGCCGAUAGGAGUGCCGAAGACCUCGCGACCGAGAUCGUGAGAGGGACGCAGCCGAGCGUUGUCGCUGUCGGCGCACCUCCGACAAUCGACACCCGAGACGUGGCGAAGAGCCUCUGCGACAUACUGCAGUAUAAGAUCCUCCCAGAUAUCGAGGCUCUGGUUCCGUCUGUGGCGCGGGCGGAGAUGCGCGAUCUUUCGCAGAAGAAGAUGAAAGCGGUCCUCGACAGUCCAAGUCUUCUCGCCGCGACGGUAGCGAAGGCCCUUAAAGCCGAUGCUGAACUGCAAGGCUGCGGCUGCGUUCUCUUGGGCUACCCAAAGACAGUUGAGCAGGCUUCUGCCUUGCUCAAGCACGGCGUCAAACUCGAGAAAUUUGUUCAAGUUACCAUCUCCGCGGAGGCAGUCUUGCAGCGUCUCAGUGAAAAUGAAGAUCCGCCGGAAGUCGACCAGGAAGAGCUAGAAAGCAGCCUCAACGCGUACUACGUCAACGAAGACUCGCUUAGCCGGUUCUUCGAGGCCCGCGGGGAGUUGGUGAAACUGGACGGGACUUCCGCGACGCUGGCUGAAGCCUGCGCUGCCGCAUUCAGGCCUCGCGUUGUUCUCUUUCCAAGUGCCCAUCUCCAUUCUUCUCUCGCGAGACAAGUCGCGUCGGCUGUGGCAAAAACCCGACACGCGCGGGUUGUCGACGUCGCCCAGUUCCACGUCCCAGAGACCCGCAAAGGCGCAGCACCAGAGGAAGGCGUUUUCCGCGAUUUACCUCUCGACAGCGAAGCUGGCGUCUUUGCUCAGCUGCUUCAACUCCAACAAGCAUGCACUAUUGACGGCUUGGUAUUGUUGGACCUUCCCGCGGCCGCUUUCGAUACUUUGGGGUGCCUCCCAGACCUCGUUGAGACACUCGCUCUCUCGGUUCCUCAAGUUGUCCAACAUGCUUAUACAGUCAACGAUCUUCUUUUCUCCGUCUUGGGAGAAAACGUGAAAGACAAAGUUCGCCUGACACUUCGCAGUGACCAAACAAUUAAGGAAAUCAAGGCGACUGUGAAAGCACAGCUAGGCCCCGCCGCCGAGCUGGCGGCGACGAGAGCGAUGAACUGA